AUGAGUCACAAUCAUACUUCUGACCCUCAGUCAAAUACAAGUGAAGUUGUUCAAGAUACAAAUAAUGUAGAAGUAAUAGAAGAAAUUGAGGGUAGCAGUGGCCAAACUGGCGGUAGCCAAACCCUCGGAGAGUUUUACAAAGAGGUAAAUUCCAUAACAGAGAUGAUUCGUUCGAUAAGAGAAAAUAUAGCUGCACUCAGAGAUUUAUAUAAAAGAACCCUGACCGUAGAAACGGAAGAUGAGAGAAUGUCACGGCAAAUUGAUUUAUUGAUUUCUGAGACAAGUCGAGUAAGCAGCCAAAUUAGUCACAAAUUGGCAGUUAUGGAGCAAAGUAACAAAUCACUCGAAGGACAAGAUCAAGCACGAAAGAGAUUAACACAACAUGCAACCUUAGCAAAAUCAUUUAUGGAUGAAAUGUCAAGAUAUCGUAGAAUGCAAAUGGAAAAUGCUGAAAAGUAUAGAAAUAAAAUUAAAGAGCAAUAUUUUCAAGUGAAUCCUGAUGCCACGCAAGAAGAAAUCAAUCAACUCAUAGACAAUGACAUAAAUAAGACACAGUCAUCAGAACAGUCCGACCAGUCACGCACAAUUCUUACAGAAAUUCAAGACCGCCAACGUGAUGUUCGACGGAUUGAAAAAUCAAUAAAUGAUUUGGAGAAUUUGCAAGGUUAUAAUCUCGAAUUAAAUAAAAUGUUUAGUGAAGUUCAAGCAUUAGUAAUAGAAAAAGACGAUACGGUUCACACUACUAAAUUUAUCGAAGUAACAGACAUAUCACCAAGUGAACAAAUCGAAUACGAACUUCCAAAAAAAAAAAAAAGGAGUAAAUUAAUGAUAAUGAUAGCUAUAAUUUUAAUUUUAUUACAGACUUUUAUCAAUAUGCUAAAAUCACUAAGAAAAAUUCGUAAAAAUAAUAAUGAUACUUUAUGCCUUUAUCCUGCAAGUUUUCAGGGUAGUAAUACAGAGACAGUGAACGAUUAUAUAGUUGCUCCGGAGGUUUAUGAUGCAGAUGCAACAGAUAUGCAACAGUGGUCACAGCCACAAACUAACCCUGUAAUAUUAGAAUCCACAUCAGGCUCUUCUCAAAGUCCAACUGAUGUUAGUCAAUGGUCAAGAAACCCAUUUAAAUCACAUCAACAACCCCCUUUUUCUUCAUCUCAUUCUCGUCCUUCUCAACAAGAAUACACAUCAACAAAUGAUUAUUACGCGUCCUCGAAACAGCCUGAAUCAAACUUCUCGAUGUGGUUAAACCCUAACGCCGAUCAGAAUGACUUAAGCUUUUUGCCAUUUGGGCAAACUACAGAUAAUUUGCCCGAGGAAAAGGUGGUGUAUUGUUCGAAUUGUACAUACUUUGUUCGACCAAACAGAACAACAUGUGAAAUAUGUGGUACCAGUAUCAAGAAGGAAGAAACUGUGUUAAAUGAUUCAGUUGAUUAUUAUUGGAUUAAAGAGACUGAAGAGGAAGAUGAUGAUUUGUAUAUAGAUGUUCUUACUACCCACGCCCGUAACGAUACUCCGGAUGCGGCGAUUCGAUGUUCUGCUUGUUCUUAUUUAAAUAAUCCUACUCAUUCCCAAUGUGAGAUGUGUUAUUCACCUAUUGGAGAUUUGGAAUUUUUAAACGUACCUGACUUGGAUAUGCAACAGUGUCCUAUAUGCACAUAUUAUAACCAAAAGGACAUGACUACCUGUGAAAUCUGUGGCAGUUAUAUGCAACAGCUUGUAACAAUAUUGAAUACAAGGAUGACAGUCUUAGAGCCAGCAAAUGCUCAAUAUGCAGCAAUAUAUGGGAGAUUUAUAGCAACUAUGCCUAAUGUACGAGUGUUGGCCAUCAUUCUCAUGCAAAUGCCAACAAGGCUUUUUGAGGCUCAUGAAAGGUAUAAAAAUAACUUGGCCCGACAACAUCAACGUACCCCAGCCAAUGUUACCCAUAAAAUGUUUCAUGGUACUAAAUGUAUUUGCGAUCCGGGUCGUUAUAUUCGCGGUGGACAAUGGAAUUAUUGUCAUGCUAAUACUAGAUGUGGAGUAUGUGGAAUUGCACAAAAUGGGAAUUCCUCGGCUCAUGGUCGAUGUGGUGGAGGGCGCAUGUGGUUUGCUCAGCAAUCUAACAUUUCAUACGGCUAUUGUAGCAAUACACAAAUUAAAACUAUGUAUACUGUUGACGUAGUUUCCUUACAACCACCGACCGCAUCUAUUCUCAUAGUUGAUAGAAAUGAAGCUACUCUUGUCGAAUCAUUGAUACUAUUUGAAGGUUAA